AUGGAAUCAAACCGUGGAAGUAUGAACGGUCUCCCAAUUGAAAUUUCAUGGAACAUAUUCUCUCGUUUACAUGUUGAUUCAGUUUCAGAUUGCAAACUCGUUUGUAAAACAUGGCGCAAUCUCGUCAAGGAUCCCUCAUUUGUUCAAACUCACUUGGCUCGCCAUAAGUUACUGUUGCUUAAAUUUGAUGAUAAUCAGGAUUUCUCAACUAGUUCUAAUACACAUGAGAUUGUUCAGUCUGGGUUCCUUUUGUUACAGAAAAUUGGGGAUAAACCUGAUCUUUUAAUAGGAGAUAAGGGAUUUAUGGGCUGCAGCCUUCACUAUGUGGAAUACAGUGUGGAUGUUAAGAACAAGUCUUAUGAAAUUAAGAAUAGAAAAAUCCACGUUCCUCCUAUCAACCAGACCAAGUCUGAAGCGGAACUCCUGGUGAAUCUUAGUUCUUGCAAUGGUUUGGUUUGUGCUCCUGUGCGUCACCGUAAGCUGAAUGAGCCUAUCCACAUAUUUAAUCCAGUUACCAGAGAGCAUGUUUCUCUUCCGAGAUACCCAAUUGAAGAGAAUGUUGUGUAUAUUCUUGGCAAUGAGAGUAAUGAUUGGAAGGAGGAAAAAGAAAUCCCUCCCCCGCUGUUUCGUAAUGGUGGCUCAUGUUCAAAGGGUGUUCUUGUAAACGGAGAGAUACAUUGGCUGGAUCAGGAGGCGUCAAGUAUUACUGCCUUCAGCUUAGCCAAUGAAGAAUUCUACUAUAUAGCUUCACCACCUCUUGGAAAACGCAAGACGUAUUACGAUGUUAGGAGACUGUCUGUGCUUGGAGACUUGUUAUGUCUUGUUCAUCAAAAAUCAGACGGAUUUAAGAGAAAUGCACAAGUCGACAUAUGGUUACUGAAAAAGCACAAUGUUACGAACAUGCAACAAAAUGGAGCUUUUAGUUGGAACAAGGAGUUCACUGUGCAAGCUGAAACUAGAAUUGAUCUUAUUCCACGCGCUUUUACUCAGAAAGGUAAGGUUUUAUUUUGGCAGGAUGACAGGUUUGUCUCUUGUUAUGAUCCAAAAACUGAGAUACUUGAAAAACUUAGGAAGGUUGAAAAUGGUCAUAAAGCCGUGUCUUAUCAAGCAGCUCAUCACAUUAACAGCUUUGUCUCACUGAGAGAUCUUGGUGCCAAAAAAUGUGUUCUAGGAGAAGAUUGGUUAUUGGGGGAUCUUGGAAAAAUCUUUGUUGAGGGAUCCUAUUUUAUGUCGCUAUUUUCUGAAUUGAGCACGACUGGUGCUCUCGAUAAGAAUGAUGAUUUGAAGGAUACUGCUAAUAUUACUCUAGAGAAUGAAUUUCUACUCAGUAUCCUCUGCGGAAGCUGGAGCAAGAAACGCUGUGAAUUCACUGAUUGA